GUUAGAGUUAUAUAUUUGUUUAAAUUUAUUUAUUCAAUAAAAAAUUUGUGCAUAAUGAAACUUGAAGAAUAUAAGCAAAUACAAAAAACGAUAAAUGAAUUUCAAGGCUUGUCAAAGGAUUGCUCAAAAAUGUUAAUCACAAAAUACAAUAGUGUUCAUCCAAACACUUUGUAUAGUAUUUUGAGCCAAGAAAUACAAUUUAGAACACAAAGAACUCAUCACAAAGUUUUUGAAACAGAAAAAGAUUAUUAUGAAGAAUACUUAGAUGCAGCUAAAAAAGGAGAACCUCUUGGAAUUAUAAUUAGAAUGGCUGUAGAACUUAAUACUUGUCCUGCAUUAUUAGCUCGUAAAGUAUUGGAAAUAUUUCUUGAUAAGAUGCCAAAUAAGUGUGAUAAAUUAAGUAUUAGCAAGAUGAUGAAAGAUACUACUCUAAUUUCAAAUAAAGAUCUUGCUUAUGAAAUCUACUUGUGUGUAUUAUAUGAUGAUCAAUAUGGGGCAAUAUCAAAUGCAAUUAGCAGCUCUGUUGGGGAAGAGUAUGAAUUCAAAUUAGAAAGAUUAUUGAAUGAACGGAAUAUUCCAUAUUAUAAUGAAGACUAUCUUCGAACAAAAGGUUAUGACAAGACACCAGAUUGUAAAUUGGAAAUUCCAAUAGCUGUAAAUGGAUUUGUUAUAAAUUGGAUAGAAUCAAAAGCUCGAUUUGGUAGUCCUAUUAUACAUAAAAAAUAUAUCAAAGAACAAUUUUUGAGCUACUGGAAUAGAUUUGGACCAGGAUUAGUUAUUUAUUGGUUUGGUUUUCUUGAUAAUAUCAUUCAAACAAGUGAGAAUAGAUUUAUUGUAAUGGAUCAUUUUCCAACAAAUAUUAUCUACAUGGAUCCGAAUUCAAUAAAAUAAACAUCAAUAUGAGAAUGUUGCCUAUAUUAUAGAUUUAAA